AUGGCCUCUCAUCGGCAGACACUAGCGCAGCAACUCGCAGAGCUCGACGAGCCCGCACCCAAAGGUAACUGUCCACCUCUAAACUUUCACGCGCCGGACGCGUCGUAUAUCGAUCCCGAGGACGAGCGCCCCGCGGCCGAAGCCGAUUCCCUGCUCGAAGAUCACGCGCGCGAACAUUAUCUUGACGUCGGACCUUCUGCCUUGCGGAAACUUGCCGACGCUGUGUCGGACCCGAAAUAUGAUGGCAAGCGUACAUCACGCGCGCAACUUGACAUGGAGAGCGACGAGGGAGAGUCGGGAUUAGAAGGCGAUGAGGACGGGGACGAAGACAUGGACGCGCCUACCGGUGCACACGACGCGUCAGACGACUCUCAUGACGACGAUGAAGAUGAAGAAAGUGAAGAAGAGGAAGUCCCAGAGCCGCCCAAACGUACUGCGCCUCCCAAACGGAAACAAACCGAGGAAGACGCGCAGGCGGAUGACCUCUCUGCGGCCUUGCGCCAGAAGCGCGACGAGGACAGAAGUAAAGGGAAGGCUGUCUCUCGCCAACUGACGCUUUGGGAUGCUUUGCUCGAUGCGCGCAUUCGACUACAGAAGUCCGUGCAGGCCGCGAACCGUCUACCGCCUACUCAUGAGAUGUCGACGUUCUUAUCCGAUCCAGCAUGCCUCGCCGCUCAACACGCGGCAUUGGACGCCGCACUUGCUCUCAGCGACGAGGCCGAGGCCUUACGCGCGGCUCUCAUGGCGCGCGAAGGCGUGACCGCUCCUGCGAGGCCAAGAGCUGCUAAGCGUAGACGCCUCAACCCCGAGGAUGACGCAGAUGCAGGAGUCGGAUCGGACGUGGACUAUGCUGCUGAGGUGCACGAGUCUACGAAGUACGCCGCCUCGCUUGAGCAUGCGUAUCACCCGCAUCUCUCGCAUACGCUCCAAAAAUGGUCCGCCAAAGUAGCAGCCGUCGCGCCCUCCGCACUAGGCUUCAACAAGUCGAAGAACGCGGCCGCACAGAGCGUGCCAAUCCAAGUCGCCGAAGCUCUCCGGAGCGAAGGCGCGCGAUUCAUUGGCCGCACGAGAACGAUCCGUGGAGUGAGGCGGCGCGUACGAGUACCUGGAGAUAAUGAAGGACAAGUGAAAGACGAUGCGGCGAAUGAAGGAGACGUCGAAGCAUUCGACGACACGGACUUCUAUCAGCAGCUCCUGCGCGACGUUGUCGAUUCCGGUGCUGGCGAGCGUGUUCAGGCAGACUGGAUCGCGGCGCAGAAGGCGAGGAAAGCGCGGAAGCAGGUCGAUACGCGUGCGAGUAAAGGUCGCAAGCUGCGGUACGACGUGCACGAAAAGCUACAGAAUUUCAUGGUCCCCGUCCCGCUCGCGCAUGGUGGCGGAUGGCCAGAGCAACAGGUCGAUGAGCUGUUUGCUAGUUUGCUCGGAAGGGGGUUCGAGCAUGCAGCGCUGCCUGGCGAUGAUGUGGAUGAUGCCGGCGAGGCGGUGGAGGCUGAGGUUAUUGGCGGAGAGAUGCUCAAGGGCCUGCGUGUAUUUGGAUGA